AUGUCUUCCUAUCUUGUAACUGGCGCUAGCCGUGGUCUUGGAUUCCAAUUCAUUCGGGCUCUUGCUCAGAACCCAAAAAACACGGUCAUUGGCCUUGUCCGGAACAAGGCUGCCGCCGAUGCAAAGGUCAAGGAAGAGGGACUUCACGGCGUCCAUAUCGUCGAAGCUCAGUACACGGACCUCUCAUCGCUGAAGAAAGCAGCCGAAGUUGUCAAAGAGAUCACCAAGGGCGGUUUGGACUAUCUAGUGAACAACGCCGCCAUCGUUUCCCACGUCAGCGAAUUCAAAACCUUAGGUGACUUUGACGACGAUUUCGAGACCCUGGAAAAGGACAUUUUGGAAUCAUUGGAAAUCAAUCUUCUGGGUUUUAUCAAGACAGUUCAGGCCUUUCUUCCUUUAAUCCGCAACGGCAAUGACAAAAAGGUCAUCGCCAUUUCCACCGGUAUGGCCGAUAUUGACCUGAUUAACGCGACCGAAGUCGCUUUCGCUAGCCCAUACUCUAUCAGCAAAGGCGCUGUCAAUAUCGCCGUUGCCAAGUAUAAUGCUCUCUACAACAAGGAAGGCAUUCUCUUCCUCGCUAUUAGCCCUGGAUAUGUCGCAACCGAACGAAAUAAAGAACCAGAAGACGCCGACAAAGCUGCUAUUCUCGUGGGCAAGUUCAGCAAGUAUGCGCCACACUUUGUCCGUCCUCUGACACCCGAGGAGUCGGUCACUGCCGUCCUUUCCGUCUCCAGGAAAGCCUCGAUAGCGAAUGGGGAUGGUGGUGCCUUUGUAUCACAUUUAGGGAACAAACAAUGGCUGUAA